UCCAAACCCCGUCCUUCUCAAAUCUCUCUCUCUGUUUCUUUCUUUCUUUGUUUCCCUCUCUCUCUCUCUCUCUCUCUCUCUCUCUCUCUCUGUUCCAAGUCUAUUCAAAACCAUUUUUUCCCCUCUACACGGACACAAAGUAGCUAGCUACUUACCAUGUGUCAUCCAACUCUUGACGUCAACUGCAAAUGCUGCACCACUUCAUCUUCUGAUUACCAAAUUUCAAUCAAGGACUCAGAAGAGAAGCACCCCAGAAUGCUCGCCAACCCUUUCAUCUCUAAGCUCCAAAACAACACAACAAUACCACCACCAACUCAACUUAACACAACAACAGAAAAAACAACACCACAACCGAUAAAAGUUGUGACAGAAACAACAAAGUCUCAUGUCCCUGACACUGUCAGUGAAGUGAUUUCCAUAUCCAAAAUAGCCAUCCCUAUGAUCCUCACUGGCCUCCUCCUCUACUGCCGCUCCAUGAUCUCCAUGCUCUUCCUUGGCCACCUUGGAGAGCUUGCUUUGGCUGGUGGCUCACUUGCUGUUGGCUUUGCCAACAUCACUGGCUACUCAAUCUUGUCUGGUCUUGCUGUCGGAAUGGAGCCAAUCUGUGGCCAAGCUUUUGGUGCCAAGAGGUUCACCCUACUUGGCCUCUGCUUGCAAAGAACCAUUCUUCUUCUCCUCUUCACUUCCCUCCCCAUAUCACUCCUUUGGCUCCACAUGAAGAAAAUUCUUCUCCUUUGUGGCCAGGAUGAGUCCAUAGCCACACAGGCUCAAUCGUAUCUUGUUUACUCCAUUCCUGACCUCAUAGCACAAUCUUUCUUGCAUCCUAUGAGAAUUUACCUCAGGAGUCAAUCCAUUACCCUCCCUCUCACCCUCUGUGCCUCCCUGUCAAUCCUCCUUCACAUACCCAUAAACUACUUCCUUGUGUCACACCUCGGGCUGGGAAUCAAAGGGGUGGCUCUUGGUGGGGUGUGGACAAACUUCAACCUCGUGGCUUCUUUGAUUCUUUAUAUAGUCUUCUCUGGCACUUACAAGAAAACAUGGGGUGGUUUCUCUUUUGAGUGCUUCACACAGUGGAGGUCUCUUCUCAAUUUGGCUAUUCCGAGCUGUGUUUCGGUGUGUUUGGAGUGGUGGUGGUAUGAGAUCAUGAUUCUGUUAUGUGGGCUGUUGGUGAACCCCAGAGCAACCGUGGCCUCAAUGGGAAUUCUGAUCCAAACCACUUCUUUGCUUUACAUUUUCCCUUCUUCAUUGAGCUUCAGUGUUUCAACAAGAGUUGGCAACAAGCUUGGCGCACAGAAGCCCUCAAAGGCAAGGCUUUCUGCCAUUGUGGGGUUAUCCUGCAGCUUCGUGUCAGGUGUCCUGGCAUUGGUUUUUGCUCUCAUGGUUAGGAACACAUGGGCUAGCAUGUUCACAAAGGACAAGGAGAUCAUAACUCUGACAUCUAUGGUGUUACCCAUAAUAGGCCUUUGUGAGCUUGGGAAUUGCCCUCAAACAACAGGGUGUGGGGUGCUGAGAGGCACAGCAAGGCCUAAAAUCGGUGCUAACAUCAACCUGGGAUGUUUCUACCUUGUGGGAAUGCCUGUGUCCGUUUGGCUAGCUUUCUUCACUGGCUAUGACUUUCAAGGCCUCUGGCUUGGGCUUCUUGCAGCUCAAGGGUCUUGUGCAGUGACCAUGUUGGUGGUUCUGUGCAGAACUGAUUGGGAAUCUGAGGCCCAAAGAGCCAAGAAACUCACAGGAAUGGGUGAAGCUUGUGGUGUUGAUGAUCACAAACGUGAGGUUGAUCCAGAGAAGCCACUCAAAUGCGAAAGCACGGAAGAUUCUUUGGCAUUAUUAGCUGACUCAGAUGAAAAUGAACAGUGAUUGGUUUAAUUCAUCAACCACCUUAAAAGAGAAAAACAAAAACUGAUGAGAGGGGGGAUAAAAUAUCUCAUAAAUUUGUCUUUUAACUGUAUAGGGCAGUAGGGUAGAGACAGAGGAUAACAUUUUCAUUUUAUGAAUUUUAGAUAACAUUAGAUGCGGUUA